AUGGAGAAACGUAAACCGGCUGGACUGCUGACCUUGCCGUACCACCUCCACCCGGUGCCCCUGAGCCUGCCAGGGAGCCUGCCCCGCCUCCCUCUGAGGGACCCCUACCGGGUCUCGCUGCAUCUGGAUGCCGCGUGCUGCGCCCCGAGACGGCCCUACCUGCCGCUGGACGGCGCCUUCGAGCCCGCGUUCCUCCGCAAGCGCAACGAGCGGGAGCGGCAGCGGGUGCGCUGCGUGAACGAGGGGUACGCUCGUCUCCGAGACCACCUGCCCCGGGAGCUGGCGGGCAGGCGCCUCAGCAAGGUGGAGACGCUGCGCGCUGCCAUCGGCUACAUCAAGCACCUCCAGGAGCUGCUGGAGCGCCACGCGCGGGGGCAGGAGGGCCCGGCCGGCCCCCCGCACAGGCCCGAAUGCAACAGCGACGGCGAGUCCAAGGCCUCGUCCGCACCUUCGCCCUGCAGCGAGCCCGAGGAAGGGGGCAGCUAG